AUGUCGCUGUCCUUGAAUACUGCAUCAGCAGAAGCGGGCUCGAGCUCGGGGUCCGGCGGUGCGACACCACCAUCCGCCACGACGGCGCCGGCGCCAGCGAGCUCCAGCCGGAGAUCGCGAUCCAAGUCGGUGUCGCAACAUCUCGAUCCCUCGGCUCUUUCCUUCGCUCGUGCGUAUGCAAUCGGCUUCACGGCGUCCAUUCUGCCGUCGUUAUUGCGCAUCCUCUUGCCGCUGGUCACGGGCAAGACACCGCGCUCCGUUUCACGCGUCGCUCGACAAGUGUGGGAGGCGAUCGUGCGUGCGACUCACUGCAAUGGCCUCGCGCUCGCGUUCGGCGUCUCAAUCGGAGGUGCCAAAUGGGGCGAGGAUAAGAUCGAAAGACUCGUCGCGUCAGCCUACGUCUCGGCGCUGAGGACGAUCCGGCCGCGUAGGACGAGCAACUUCUUGCCAGGUGGAGACGAUCGCGAUCGGUCCGAGCGUGCAGGAGGGCAGAGCGGCGUGUCUCAGUCGAGGCCGAUUACGACGGAGCAAGUCUUGCAGGACCCAAUGCAUGCACGUAGGAUCAAGACCUUAUCAACGCUCAUCUCCGGCACGAUCGCUUCGUUUGUGUCCAUCUCGUUGCUUCAAUCGCGUCCAACUACAACCUCCGCGUCGACCUCGGCGUCGGGUCCCGUGGCGACUGCCGCUCGGGCCUCUGAAGCCACUCCGAACACCAGCGUCAAAGAACAGGGGGCACAGAUUCCGAACCUCGGCUUCUCACCUUACACCGCCCUGAACGAUCCUCUCCCACCACUCAGGACGAAUCUCUCGACUCCGCUCCCAUCUAUUGUACCUUCUCGCCACAAGGAAUCGCCGACGCUCGAUUUGACACUCUUCUUAUUCGUUCGAGCCGCCGAUACUCUCGUUCGGUCCGCGUACGAGAGAACGGGGUUGACCACGCGACCGGAUCGCUUUGGACUUGCCUCUCGAUUCGUGGCGACGCAUGCCGAUACUUUGCUGUUCUGGGCGUCGUGCUGGCGCAUCAUGUGGUGGGUUUGUCUGCGGCUCGGAGUCCAUAAAUGUCUGCCCGUCCCCACGUUGACUCUUGUCUCUGUUGGGAUCCCACAGGUGCUUCUUCUACUUGCCCCACCGAUUACCCAAGGCUUACAAUCUCUGGAUCUUGCGUUUGGCUCGACUCGAUGUCCGACUGUUGGUGAGCUUGCAACGCAUCAGCUGACCUGAAUAUUAGAGCUCUCCGCUGAACAGUCCGACUCUGGCUCGCAGCGCCUCUUGCAAUACGCUCGAAAAGGGGAGUACGUGUACGGCAAACCGUCGAGCCCAGAAGUCCUCAAGAUGUGCGAAGGUAUUGCUACCUACAGUGGUAUCUCGGCUGAGUUAGUCCUGCAGCACCUCCACGCAACAAGCUCCUCUCCCAAAUCAUAGCUGACCCCGUUGCUUUCUCUUGCAGACGAGUCAUCCCGGACAACAUCACCCGACUCGACUGCACCGUUGUUCACGGAAGGGUCGGCAAAGGCACGUGCGAAGUCAACGCGAUCAAGCGCUGGCUCUUAGCCUUCUCCGACUGUUUCAAAAUCUACCUUCCUGUGCAUCUUGUCCCAUCCCUUCUCUUUGGCUUUGGCUCCUUGGCCCGCCAACCGCUCGCCUCCAUCAUCCACAUCCUCCUCGCCGCAAGUCGUAGUUCCGCGUUCUUGGCCACCUUCGUCGCCAGUAUAUACGCCAGCGUCUGCCUCAUGCGAACUCGUCUACCGAUGAUCUUCCCCUUCAUUUCCCAGCAGGCCAUGGACGGCGGCUGGUGCACCGGCUUGGGCUGCUUCCUCUGUGGCUUCUCGGUCCUGAUUGAGAACAAGCGACGCCGGCGUGAAAUGGCUCUUUACUGCGCCCCUCGCGCCUUGUACACCGUUCUCGAUUCGAUCGUACCUCAAGUCGUACAGAAUGGGCCGAUGGGUGCCUGGCUCGCCAAAUGGGGAGAGAGGGCGCUCUUCGCUUUGUCGACGGGCACGGUCGUGUCGGCCACUGUUCACCGUCCCGAUCUCGUCUCGGGUGUCGUUCGAGGCAUUCUCGGACUCGCGGUUGGCGAUUGGGAUGGCAAGGCAGUCAAGCAAGUCAAGAAGAUUUCGUCCAAGUGA